GCAAACUUAAUGUCAGAAAAAGUCGGCUCCAUACACACAAAGUGAUGACGUAGCCACAACUGGAUGACGUUUUACACUGCUUCGAAGUGGAACAACAAACCCCAGCUGAAAGAUGAGGCGACAACACAUCCAAGACCCGGGUAUUCAGACAACACACGACGCACCUGGAAAUAGUUUUAUUGAAGGUGAAAAUGAUAAUUUAGAAAGUUCGCUCAAGGGUAAAGUAAAGGCCUUGAAAUCGCUCAGCAUUGAUAUAGGCACAGAAAUACGGACACAGAACACAUUUCUGGAUGAAAUGGAUUCAGAUUUUGAAGGAUCAACGGGUCUUCUCCAGAAAACUAUGCAUCGUUUAAAAGGAAUUACCAAAGAAGGACACUGGAAAAUAUGGCUUUACCUCUUCCUCUUCACAUUAUUUGUUUUUGGAGUUUGUUGGUUGGUUGUACGCACCAGGUGACAAGCUUCCUCUGUAAAUCGUCCUUCACUGAAAUUUGCUCUCCUGAUUCUCUCUCUUUCUCUCCUCCUAUUUCUUCCACUAUCUUCCUUGUUUUGCUAUCACCCUCUCUCUCUCUUUCUCUUUUGUUUAUCUCCCUCUUUGUCUUUCACCAGAUCCCCCCCCACUCCAUUUUAUCGUUAAGUGAUGAUUAACCCUUUGCAAAGUGAAAAUACACAACAUUUCAAAUACCUGGAAAACUAUUUACUAUAAGUACGCACGCACACACACACACACACACACACACACAAGUGCACCACUUGUCAAUGAGCAUGCACACAUGCAUACUCCCUGACAUCUACACUCAAUAUAGUUAACAUUCAACAAAAAAAACAUCCUCUACCUGACUCGAUAAUUCCUCUCGGGGCCCAUUCUGCACCUCUGGAACUGUCUCCUGUCUUUCCCUCUGGAAACCGUUCCAGAGUUGUACAAUGAAGUCAACAGGUAUCAAUUAAGGUCAUGAAGAAAGCUAAAUAAUUAGUCAAAGCAGAUUGAAUUAAAUGAAUUUAAAUAAUAAAAUAGUCUUACUUUGACUAAUUGCUUGCUUUCCUCACUACUUUAACCAAUAUAUAACAGUCUCUCCUUACUUCUGGAAUCAUACUGACUCUAUAUUCUUUGCUCCGAACAUCAAUAAUCCAUUCUAUCAUAACUAAGUCCACUUGAAGCAUAUAUUUCACUCCCCCCCACAUUCCACCCAUGUACUAAUCCUAGAAUUCUUGCUUUUCUAUUAAGUUUCUUGGAUUAUCCCAAACAUAUUGUCUCAAAUUAUAUAUAUACACACACAUACACAUGCACACACACAUACAUAUGUACCUGGGAUUACCUGUGGAAAUUUUUUCCUCAUCAGAUGUGGAGAGUUAAGCUCUCCUGAAGAGAAAGGAGGCCUUGAAGAGACAGUUGACUCUUUUGUCUCGCCUCAUCCCUCCCCCAACACUGCAAAUAAAGAAUUAAAAAUCAAAAUAGUAAAAACUU